UUUCUUUCCUUUCCUAUUUUUUCCCCUCUUCCCACCUCUUCCCACCUCUUCCAUCUCCACUCCUUUCUGCGCACUGGCGACGCAACACACUCUUGGCUCUCAACCAACUUGGCGUAUGCCGUGCAGAUGUCGCUACCAGCACAGCCCUCGGCCUAUGCCACAAAUCACGAUUCAUAUCGCCACCAUCUGCGUUCAUCUUGCGCCGCUUGUCGCAUGUCCACGUUGCGGGUCUGAUAAUCUGCGGCCAUGUAAAUUUCGUGGCUCCUGUUAUGAUCCAUUGUACUUGCUGCCGCAUAAGCUGAGGCUGCUGCCCCGGUUUUCUUGGCCAGGCAAACAAUUUGCCUUGCAUUGGGUUUAUAAGCCAGCGCUUGAUCUGGGGUUUGGCUCAUUUAAUCAAGCGAUGUAGGAAGCUGCUCCUGACCUGUCGUGAAAUGAGAGUGAUGAUUAGCUUCUGCAGUGCCAUGUUAUAGAGGUAGGUGGUCGUAAAAUGUACCCAUAGACUUGUAACAGACUUGAAUAGGCAGGUGUAGGGUGGGUUGAAGCGUGUAGAGU